GGAGCUAUCGUUAAUUGACGGGGAACUGCAGCCAAUGGCAGCGUAAGGGCUGUGCGCUGUAGCAGGCUGGCUGCUCGGUGUUGCCGGAAGAAUGGCGGCGGCGGUGUGAAGGGGAGGAGGAGGCCGCCGGGGGUGACUAGGGCAUGGCCGGGUCGGGAGGCCGGAGUGGGGAUGUCAUACACCUCAAUGUUGGGGGGAAGAGGUUUAGCACUUCUAGACAGACCUUGACGUGGGCCUCUGACACAUUCUUUUCCAGCCUUCUCAGUGGUCGUAUCUCCUCCCUAAAGGAUGAAACUGGAGCUAUCUUCAUAGACAGAGACCCUAUAGUGUUUGCACCAAUACUGAACUUUCUGCGUACCAAAGAACUUGAUACAAGAGGUGUGAACAGCUCCUUGCUGCUACAUGAGGCAGAGUUUUAUGGCAUCACCCCAUUAGUGAGACGUUUACAGCUGUGCGAGGAGUUGGAACGCUCGUCAUGUGGGAGUGUGCUAUUCAAUGGAUACCUCCCACCCCCAGUGUUCCCAGCAAAGCGGAGGAAUCGGCACAGUGUGUCCGGGCUGCAGGUCGGCUCUAGGAGUGGCGGGAAUGAACGGGCACCGGUCCGGAGAAGUAACACCAUGCCGCCCAACCUGGGGGGUGCUGGCAUCCUUGGACGUCUGUUAGAUGAGAGGAAUUAUGGAAGCGGGGGAGGGAUUUCCAGUGAUCCCGGCAUGGUUCGGAUCAUCUGUGGGCAUCAUAAUUGGAUUGCAGUGGCCUUUGCUCAGUUCAUAGUCUGUUACAGAAUGAAGGAGACCUCUGGCUGGCAGCUGAUAUUUACUAGCCCCUGUCUGGACUGGGUGAUUGAGCGGGUGGCACUGAACGCCAAAACUAUUGGAGGGUCUCUGGGAGACAAUGACAAGAUGCUGGCAGUAUCCUCCUGCAGUGAGAUUAUCCUAUGGGCCAUCACCGGUGACGGCAGCGGGAGUGAAAUAGGGAUUUUUAGUCUUGGGGUACCAGCAGAAGCCUUGUUUUUUGUGGGCAAUCAGUUAAUAGCCACAAGCCACACUGGAAAAAUUGGAGUAUGGAAUGCGGUAACCAAACAUUGGCAGAUUCAGGACGUGGUGCCCAUAAACAGUUAUGACACAGCCGGCUCCUUCCUCCUGCUGGGGUGUAACAAUGGAUCUAUCUACUAUGUAGAUGUCCAGAAAUUCCCUCUGCGCAUGAAGGACAACGAUUUGCUUGUUACGGAGUUGUACCGUGACCCCACAGAGGAUGCUAUAACCGCCCUCAGUGUCUACCUCACUCCCAAAACAAGUGACAGUGGUAACUGGAUUGAGAUUGCAUACGGUACAAGUUCUGGUGUUGUCAGGGUUAUAGUUCAGCAUCCAGAGACUGUUGGGUCUGGCCCCCAACUUUUCCAGACUUUUACAGUCCACCGCAGCCCAGUCACCAAGAUUAUGCUGUCCGAGAGACACCUCAUCUCAGUUUGUGCGGAUAAUAACCAUGUGCGCACAUGGACAGUAACGCGCUUCCGUGGUAUGAUCUCCACCCAGCCUGGAUCCACUCCUCUGGCAUCUUUUAAAAUACUUUCCUUAGAGGAUAUUGAUGGGCAUGCCGGCUGCAGCGCGGGGAAUGAUAUUGGUCCUUUUGGCGAACGAGAUGACCAGCAGGUCUUCAUUCAGCGUGUUGUUCCUGAUUCCAACAUAGUCUACGUCCGCCUGUCCUCCACUGGGAAGAGGAUCUGUGAGGUCCGGUCUGUGGACUGCACCCCUAUCACUUCCUUCACCGUCCAUGAGUGUGAGGGCUCCAGCCGCAUUGGUUCCCGCCCACGACGCUAUCUUUUCACUGGCCAUGCCAGUGGAUGCCUUCAGAUGUGGGAUCUGACCACUGCUAUGGAGGUGGCAAACAAUGGGGAAAGUCGAGAGCUGGGGGGUCUUACUCAGGAAGAGCUGCUGGAACAGCUGGAGCAGUGUGACCUGGCUCUGACCCGUACCCCCGAAAUGAGCCCCGCCACAUCAGUAUCCCAUACUGCUAACCGUCGUGCAUCAAUAGCCAGUUUACAGUCCCAGCUCAGUGACAGCACGCGUGAUAGAUUCUCCCGACUCGUGUUAUCCACCUCACAUCGCCCCCAGCUUGUGACAUCCCGCCACUCUGAAGGCUGGGCCUCUCUGUGCAGUUUGCAGCCGCAUCUCUCCGGGAGCCAUAGUUCUUUGCACAAGUCGGACACACAGCCUCAUUCCAGCACAAGAGCCAGUAAAGCUGCAAGCAUCCAAUCAAGAGCCGAGUCCCAAGGUUUGGGCAUGGUUUCUGAUCCGCCAUCUCCCAGUGUCGGUGGCAGUUUUGUGGAGCGCUGCCAAGAGCUUGCUCGUUUCACAGAGUCCCACCAGCCUGAGUCACGCCGAUCCAGCACGGAGGUGACCACUCCCAGGGCCAAGACACCAUGGGGUUCUGUACCAGCUAGGCGACCAGCCUCCCCUGCUCCUCCUUCACCUUCACCUCUCUGUGUUGCUCCGUCACCAUCCUCCACAUCCUCUGCUGAUAGUUCCACCCCUUCAUCUUCGCCUUCUAAGCUCCCCCAGAAGCCCAGGCUGAAUGAGACCUCUUUCUAAUGCUGGCAAAAGCUGAGGUGGGGCUAAUUGGCUGAUGGACAAGUAAAGUGCCAUUAGUGUUGGCAGUCCUAUUAUGGUCCUCGAAUAUAUUGAUAGUAUUAGUAGCUGGCAUUGCAGAGCUGAGCGUGCAUAAUUACAAAGCAUCGUAGAAAGCAUUGGUCUGUAGAAGCUCCAUGUAUUCAUAAAAAAAGUCUGUUUACUGUGCAUUCCUUUAUCUAAGCCCUUUACCAAUACUAUUGUUUAUUUAUUCAUUGUGCCAAAAUGGUUUAUCGUAGCACAUUGAAGAGGCGGGAUGGAAAAGAGGCGCUCCACUGUUUCAGAAACAAGUUCCAGGUUUGCGUGCACCCCUAAUAACAGUUUGUGCCUUCUAAGAACAGUGAGCCUGAAUGGCAUUACCCGGCAGUGCCUUCUCCAAGUGCCACUUCUGCUCUGAGCAUUAUGCCAACGCUUGAGGAGAUGUCUGUUACAUUGUGUAUCCGUCCAGGUAUUACAGGAUGCAGAUCUUAAGUUUUAUGUCAAGAGUACAAUACACGUCUCCUUGAAACAACUGCCCCCCCUUACACCUAUGUAACCUCAGAACCAUUCACCCUUCGCAAAUCCUUGAAAUGCCAUCCAUGAUCAAGCUACAAAGUAUAUAUACAGGCAAAAGGUUUUAUUGUGUUUUGCCACCAGUUGGCACCAUCUUGGUAAUAACUGCCAUUCGUAACUUUAGUACUUAUUGUUUGACAUGUCACUGUAUUACUCACUAUGACCAGUUUUACAGCAUUUAGACACCACUAGCUGAUGCGCCCAGUUUAAACUGGGCAAUGGUUUGCUGGGCAGGAACAUUUUACCCCUUUUCACACACUUAGGAGUCGAAAAAUCCCUGCUUAAUGGUUGCUGCAAAUAACUGUCACAGUUUCCAGACCUCUCAGCAGGUCACAUUUUCCAGGUGCAUAGGCAGUGUUCACCGUCACAUUUUCGAGAGCACAAUGGUAAUGCAUUGUAGAUGACUGGUAGAUAUUUUGCCACAUAACUCUGAAACGAGGCAACCAAUUACAACGCCAAUAUAAUUCUGCACAUUUACGGACCAAGAACGUUAAUUUGGUAUGAUGUGCACUAUUCAGACAACCCCAUCCUAGAAAUAUGUUGCUUGUAAAAGUCAGCCUUCUAUUAUUAAUAUAUAGAUGCAGCUCUGGCAGGGUCACAAAAAAAUUAAAUAGAUUUUUAGGAGGUUGUACCUCAUGAUGGCGUUUUGGCCUUCAUAUGAGCCCCAUCCUGCUUCACAUACACAGAUGUUUUUGUUACCAUUACAAAAAAAUGCAUCUUAAAACUCCUGUUUGUAGGUUUUUGUUUUUAUCUACAUUCUGUACAUUCCCAGAAUUCCAUUUCCUGUUAUGCUUUUGGUUGUGUUUCUUAAGCGGAGUACACACAGGUGUAGUAUGAUAUGUCGGCGGCCGGGCUCCCGGCGACCAGUAUACUGGCGCCGGGUGCCCAACCGCCGGCAUACCGACAGCGUGGCGAGCGCAAAUGAGCCCCUUGCGGGCCCGGUGGCUUGUGCCACGCUAUUUUAUUCUCCCUCCAGGGGGGUCGUGGACUCCCACGAGGGAGAAAAAGUGUCGGCUGUCGGGAUUCUGGUGCCGGUAUACUGUGCGCCGGGAUCCCGACAGUCGGCAUACUGAAGACCACCCGUACACACGGAGAGAUCCGUUCUUAAAAUCUAAGCAAGCUGACUAGAUUGCUUAGGUUUUAAGCACGGAUCUUUCGUGUGUAUGCCCCCCAGUGAUAGUGAUGUGUGGCCCCAUGUGCUGCUAUCGCCGAUGCUAAGCACAAUGUAGCACAUCGCUCAUUUCACCUUCUGGGUGAAGUGAGCGGCCACACCCCCCCCUCGCUCAGCACACAUCUCACUCCACAUCUUCCCGUCUGUAAGGCCCUUUAGUCCACUGCCACCUGUAUCUCAGAGAUUAUGGUGACCUUGCUGGGCUUCUGCCCUUUUCAGUUAUGGUUAAAAUUUACCCGUCAUAUUAAGUAGGAAGCAAUACCUAUAUAGUUAUUUAUUUUACUGUUUUUUUGGUCUGUUUAAAAAAAGAAAAAAAAUCCUGUGCAUUGACAUUGCUGUCAUUACAGGGUAACAAUUAUUUUAUUAUUGGUCCUGUAUACUCCUGUGAGUCUCACUGUACCUGACGGAAAUUGGGAGUCGCUGUCAGAAUCUCCUCUCUAAUUAGGACAGUAUAGUUUUCAGCACAUUGCAUUAAUCGAUAUUCGUGCCACUAGGCAUUUAUUUUAUUGUUGUUUGUAUUUUAAUAUCUGUUUCUACUCUUCAGUCAAACCUUUUUCUAGAAUAUGAACAAUUAAAAAAAACUUUUUUGUUUA